GAGCGAAGGGACCUGCUCGCAGCCUCAUCCUCAGAGCAUCUUUCCCUGUUAUCCUAUCAUUCUCACCCACAAAAACACGGCGGGAUGACGGGAAAUCCGCAAAUAUCGGAGCUCAUUUCCUCACUUUGGGUUCGGGUACCGUUACGGGUCGGGUUCGGAUUUCGGCUCAACCUGAGGCUGCUUCCCUGAUCAGGAGAGGACAUAACAGUCUCCGUGUUCACACAUAAAGAGCAUAGUUGUCCUGAGCAGAGCCAGAACUGAACCUCCUAGUUUUAGGUGGGUUUCUACAUUUAAUGCAACGUAUAUUUGUUUUUUCUCGGCUGAUGUGAAGAGAAUCAGAGCAGCUUGCACAGAUACAACAUAAAGGUUUGUGACUACCUGCUUGGUGGUAUGAGAAGAAAAGUCUUUCCAAUCGACAUACGUUUUACAGAUGAAUAAUGGGGCCAUCAAAUCUGUUCACCAAUUAUUAAGGAAUCUUCAAUGAAAGAAACAGAUUUUUGACUAAUUGGACUGUGUUAAAAUGGAGUAUUCCAAGACUGCUGCCACUUGACAUAUCUACAUGUCUGGAUAAGUGAAUUUUUAGAGAACAUAAUCAUGUUCUGCAAAGUAUAUUAGUGGAAAUGAUACACCAAAAGUCCUGCACUAAAUGCCUUUGAAAAUAUUUCGCUUCUUUAUCAUGCAAAGAAGCUGGAGGCUGAAUACAAUCAAACCAGUCUUGCAGAGUUUAGAUAUAGCAGAUGUAGCUGAUAAAGUGGUCUCCCUCUCGUCAUCACUUACCCAUUGACUCAUGCUGAAGUCAGAGAACUGAGUACCAACAAUCCACGUGAGCUCAUAGGAGAUCCUACAGCAGCUGAUAUCACCAGCAAAAAAAAAACAGGAUGAGUGCAUUCCCGUAGCCACGCCAGUGUCGCCGUGGCUGGCCGUCACAGGACGGCUCCUCCGUCUGCCAUGACCCGGCUGAUGUUGGGCCGGACUCUGGAGCGCAUCUGCAAAGGCGUCCUGCUGCUCUGCCUGCUCCACUUCCUCAUCAUGAUGAUCCUGUACUUCGACGUCUACUCACAGCGGUUCGACCUCUUCAGCCGCUUCAACAAUGGCAGAAACGGGUCCAGGAAUAACGGGAGCGGAACGGGUAGUGGACAUCAUUAUUACUACUACAACCUCUCGAGACCCAAUGCGACAUCAGCUACAUACCUGGCCGCAGGGGAACAGCUGGUGCCUAGCUUGCAGCCUGAGAACAAUCAGACAUCUUCUCCCAAACCGCUGUCACCGUGUCCGGAGAACCCACCAGGCCUCGUGGGGCGUUUGCUGAUAGAGUUCAGUUCCCAGAUGACGAUGGAACGAGUGCAGAAAGAAAACCCAAACGUCACUGAGGGAGGCCGAUACAAGCAGCCUGACUGCAGGCCGAGAUGGAAGGUUGCCAUCAUUAUCCCGUUCCGUCACAGAGAAAAUCACCUGAAGUACUGGCUCCACUACCUCCACCCGAUCCUCAGACGGCAGAAGAUUGACUACGGCAUCUACAUCAUCAACCAGCUGGGUGAGGAUACAUUCAAUCGGGCAAAGCUGCUGAAUGUUGGCUACACGGAAGCUCUGAAGGAUGCUGAGUAUGACUGCUUCAUCUUCAGCGACGUGGAUCUGAUCCCCAUGGACGACCGAAACCUCUAUCACUGUUACGACCAGCCAAGACACUUUGCCAUCGCAAUGGACAAAUUUGGCUUCAGGUUGCCAUAUGCUGGCUACUUUGGAGGAGUUUCGGGGCUCAGUAAAAAGCAGUUUCUUAAAAUCAAUGGCUUUCCAAACGAGUACUGGGGCUGGGGAGGGGAGGACGAUGACAUUUAUAACCGGAUCACUCUCAACGGGAUGAAGGUGUCCAGGCCAGACGUUCGCAUCGGCCGCUACAGAAUGAUUAAGCAUGAGAGGGACAAACACAACGAGCCAAACCCACAGAGGUUCAACAAAAUACAGAACACAAAGAACACAAUGAAGAAGGACGGCAUCAGCUCCUUGACCUACAAACUGGUUCAGGUGAAGAAGUAUCCAAUGUACACAAACAUCUCCGUGGAAAUCGGCAAGCCACCACCUCGACCCAUCAAAGGCUAGAGAAAAUAAAAGAGGGAAGGAUAUAACGUUGAUGCUCUUUCACCAGGAUGGGAGAGAGGAAAGGAAGGCAUGGAGAAGAGAAAGAUGAUCAGGCUUUCUCUCUCUUUUUUCCCUUGUGUUUGCUUGUUUGAGAUUUCAGCUUGACAUUUUUUACUUUUUAGGGCUCUGGCUUUCUUCAGUUAGGGACGCCAGCUGCCGCCCGGUAACAGUCAGUAACAAUAAAAACCGUUUGAAACAGAGCUGCAAUAUGAGCAGCUGACAGAAGGUUGUUGUCAAACUCAAGAGUUUCAUGAACAAUCAUCUGUAAACUGGAUGGCAUCCAGUAACAUAUCAACAGGAACACA